UUCUAAAAUCAGAGUCUUCUUCAGAUCUUGAACAAGAGGAUAAAAUUAGAGCCAGACAUCUAGCAAAGAGCUUCAUCGAGGAGCGUUUGCAAAGUUUGAAAAUUAGAAAAUAAUAUAAACCGUUUUCGAAAAUUGUCAAAAAAUUUCCCUAAGAAAACCUAAACAGAACUAUAACCAUAAAAUCAGAAUGCUGGAAGAUCAGGCUUAUAAGCCUAAUCUCCAAGUGAUUAGCACUACUCUGCAACUUCAGAGUCAGGUCCCAAAAGAAGGAACCUUUACUGUUAAAAAUCACAGAGCAGGCUCUCAGACAGUUUGAUGAUCCGUUGCCACAAGCCCAAAAGGAUCAAAUGUUUCAAAUUCUUGAAUAACUCGAAUUGUGGUUUCUCGCAAAGAUAAAAAAACUUUGAACAGAGGAGCCAACAGUGAAAACAGAAAGCCUUUGAAUAGCACAGUAAACAGUUUCUAUGCUAGAGACAAACAAGCACAGAUCAAAAUGACUAAAGCUGAUUUCAAGAGUAACCUAAGACAAUCUAGGUCUAAUAUCCAUGAAAUAGAUGGAGAAGAUGAACACACUUCAUUUGACAGAUUUUCAAAUUUUAAAGAAAAUACGAUACAUAGAAAGAGAUCUUCCACUUAUCAGGGUUUGAAAAUCUUUGAUUUAUCUUCAUUUGUGGGAAAUAAUUUAUUUCAUGACCAGAGAUCAACUAAUUUAAAGAUAAAAGGGAUUAGAUUUGCUCAGAAAAGAAUCCAGAUACCUUUACAAGCAAUAUCCCACAACCCCAAAUCCAAAAAAUGGCAUAAAAAGCCACUAAAAUUCGAUUUUUACCAACAUCUCAAACAUAAAUCUCCAAAACCCCCUGCUUUCCAAAACUACCUAAACGCAACAAAUAUCCAAACUUUCAUGCCCAAAACCCCCUCAAAACCCAAACCCUCCUCUCUCCACCACGCCCAAAAUUCCCAAUCUCCUCACCCAAAAGAGCUCACCAAGAAUCCCUAAAAUCCACCCUCAAGCUGUAGCCCCGCCUGGCCUCCAAGACAUGAAGGUCUUUAAGA